AUGUCCGAAGCCUACGAGCGCGAGCGCCAGAACAAUGACCGGCUCAGCGAGCUCUCCAACAAGGUGUCCGCCCUCAGGGGCAUCACGGUGGACAUUUACGACCAGGCCUCCUCGCAAAGCCUCAUCGACAACACGAGCGAGACAUUCUCCUCCAUGGGCACCCAGAUGAAAGGGUCCGCAGGCCGCCUGACACGCAUGGCCGCGUCGGGCAACAAGGUCGCCAUUAUGAAACUGGCGGGCAUCUGCAUCGUCGUCUUUCUCGUGUUAUACUAUGGUCUGAAGCUGAUCUUUGGAGGCGGCAAGAGCUGA